GCGGCGGGCAGCGUGGCGGCCAGGACGACUAGCAAGUCUAAACAGUACAACUGAUGGAGGUUUUGCAUGAGUAUUUAAAACCUGGCUGAAGCUGCAUUAGCGCUAUUUUUUUGGAACGAGGCAAAGAGAAACUAACAAUUUUAUUCAGAACGAGAUUAAAGUGUAUAGAGAUAUGGAGGAGGAAGCCAGAUAAUGUUAUAAAGAAGCUGUAUUUUUGACAUCCUUUAUCCAACCUGGAGAACCUAGAGGAGAGAGACAGUUUUUACAAUGAGGAGAAAUUUCCCACUAGAAGUUCAAACUUCUGAUUCCGUCACCAAGUAUUAAUGAGGAAGAAAACCUAACUGAUUAACACAGUUCUGUGUUUUUUUUAAUCCUGUGAUGUUUGAAGAGCGGUAGGGAAAUUCCCCAGGAAUGGAGUUAGCUCACAGUUUACUACUUAAUGAAGAAGCAUAUAACCAGCUUGGUGAAUUUCAAAAAGCAGAGUUCAUUUUCGAAUGGUUACAGUUUCUAGAAAAACUUUUACCAGUGACUAACAGAGCUGAUAUUAGGGAAAACCAGAAGAAACUGGUUGAACAAUUGACUUCUUUAUUAAACACCUCACCAGGACCUCCUACCAGACGGCUUGUUGCCAAGAAUUUAGCUGUACUUUAUAGCACUGGAGACACUUUUUCUGUUUAUCAAACAAUUGACAAAUGCAAUGAACUCAUUCGGAGUAAAGAUGAUUCACCAAGCUAUCUGCCUACAAAACUUGCUGCGGUGGUAUGCUUGGGCUAUUUAUACAAAAAAUUGGGAAGAAUUUUGGGAAACAGUUUUACUGACACCGUUGGGAAUGUGCUUAAAGCAAUGAAGAAUGCAGAGUCUCAAGGUCGUUAUGAAAUCAUGCUUAGUUUACAAAAUAUAUUAAAUGGUUUAGGAGCUGCUGCUAUCCCAUGUCACCGAGAUAUUUACAAAGCUGCCCGGUCAUGUUUGACAGAUCGAUCCAUGGCAGUCCGCUGUGCUGCUGCAAAGUGUCUUCUUGAACUUCAGAAUGAAGCAGUUUUUAUGUGGAGUACAGACCUAGAUAGUGUUGUGACCCUGUGUUUUAAAUCCUUUGAAGGUUCCAACUAUGAUGUACAGUUAGCAGUUUCAAAACUUUUAGGCACAGUAUUGGCUAGAGCUGUAACAUCUAAACAAGCAACAGCAUCCACCAGGCAAAAUUUUCGCAGAAUCUCUCUAGAAGAUGCCAUGGAUCUAUUAGGAACUGGAUUUUUACGUGGAAGUUGUGGAUUUCUACGAGCCAGUGGUGAUAUGCUGAAAGGGACUAGUUCAGUCAGCAGAGAUGUUAGAGUUGGAGUCACCCAGGCAUAUGUGGUAUUUGUCUCCACGUUAGGAGGACAAUGGCUUGAAAGGAACUUCUCUGCCUUCCUUUCCCAUAUUCUAGAUCUCGUGUCUCAGUCUCACCCUAAGGCUAUUCAGACUCAGACGGAUGCUAUCUGCUGUCGCGGCUGUGUUUCAUUUAUCCUUCGAGCUACAGUAGGAGGCCUUCUUGGGGAAAAAGCUCAAAUUGCAGCUGCCAAGGAGAUUUGUCAGGCCAUCUGGAAAUUGAAGAAAGUUGUGGAUGCUGCAAUGAGUGACAGUAACUUGGAAACACGAAUUACUACAACAGAUAUAACAGCAAGUCAGCAUGUACUUGUGUGUACACUGCAAGAACUUGGAAGUCUCAUCCAUGGCUUGGGAACUACAGCAGCACCGUUACUACAAGAUUCCAGUACAGGAAUCCUGGAAGCUGUCAUUUCUGUCAUUCUUCAUCCCAGCAUUUCAGUUAGACUAACAGCAGCUUGGUGUUUGCGCUGUAUUGCGAUAGCACUGCCAUCCUAUGUGUCCCUACUUCUGGAUCGCUGCAUUGAACGUCUUAAUGUACUGAAAUCCUCCCCAGAAGCAGUGACCGGUUAUAGUUUUGCUGUUGCUGCUUUGCUGGGUGCAGUAAAACAGUGUCCUUUAGGAAUUCCACAUGGAAAAGGGAAGGUAAUCAUGACAGUAGCAGAGGAUUUGUUGCGUUCUGCUUCUCAGAACAGUCGCAUUUCACUCCAGCGAACGCAGGCAGGAUGGCUGUUGAUAGCUGCCCUCAUGACAUUAGGUCCUGCAGUUGUCCAAAACCAUCUGCCAAGAAUGCUGUUACUGUGGAAGUGCAUCUUUCCAUCAUCUCCUAAAGACCUAGAAACAGAGAAGACUCGAGGAGAUUCGUUUACAUGGCAAGUAACACUGGAAGGCCGUGCUGGUGCUCUCUGUGCUAUCAAAAGCUUUGUUUCCCACUGUGCUGGUCUUCUUACGGAUGAAGUUGUUCAGAGACUGCUUCCUCCUCUCCCAAGUGCUGUUGAUUUACUGACACAGCUCUCUUCAAUAUAUAAAUUAUAUGGUAAUACUUUGAAAUCAUCAUCAACAAUUUACAGACAUAAACUUUAUGAAUUACUGGCAGUAUUACCUCCAAAGACUUACGAAGGAAGCUUCUCUACUGUUCUAAAAGAGCUGGUAGCUGACUUAACUGUUCCAGAUAGCCAGAUUGAUGCCUCUGCAUUCUUGCUUCCACCGCUUUGUCAUGUGAAUGAUCUUCUUUUACUUGGACCAUUACUGCAGGAGACUGACCAUCGAUAUAUUGAAGAGCAGCUCCUCUUAGGUAACAGCAUGGCUGGAGGCAGCCUAGAGUAUGACCCUUACUCAAUUUAUGAGAAAGUUGCAAAAGGUGAUUCAGUGCCUAAGCCUCUACCUCCUGUGUUGUCUGUUAUCAGUGCAGCAACUCGUCUUUUUGGAGUUAUAUUUUCCCAUAUAGCAGAAUCUCAAAGGCUUCAAGUGUUAGAACAGUUGUUGGAUUCCAUAAAACAAACGAAAGGGUCACGGCAACAAAUAGUACAACUAAAUGUUCUGUCGGCCUUUUCUACUUCCUUAAAGCAUUUGGCUAGCUGCAAGGGAAGCUUAAGUCCAGAAGAAGUUAGAAGAUCUGCCCUGACAUUAGUAAUGGGUGCCUUGGAAAGCAAUAAUCCUCUCCUAAGAUGUGCUGCUGCAGAGUGUUUGGCCAGGUUGGCACAGGUGGUUUCUGACAGUGCCUUUACUGCUGGAUUAGCACAAGUUAGUUUUGACAAGCUAAAAUCUGCUAGGGAUGUGGUGUCAAGAACAGGUCAUUCUUUGGCUUUGGGAUGUCUGUACAGAUACCUAGGAGGAAUAGGUUCUAUUCAGCACCUGAAUGCAUGUGUUGGAAUCCUAUAUACUUUGUCUCAGGACAGUACUUCUCCUGAUGUACAGGCAUGGGCACUACACUCUCUGUCACUGACAAUAGAUUUAGCAGGUCCCUUGUUUCAUGUGCAUGUGGAACCUACCUUAUCCCUUGUUCUUAUGUUGUUGUUGACUGUGCCUCCUGCUUACACUGAAGUUCAUCAAAGCCUUGGUCGCUGUUUAAAUGCUCUUAUUACCACCCUGGGUCCUGAGUUGCAAGGCAGCAGUACAACAGUUUCAGCAUUAAGAACCUCCUGUCUCCUGGGCUGUGCAGUGAUGCAAGAUAAUCCUGACUGUCUUGUUCAGGCUGAAGCCAUCUCUUGCCUUCAGCAGCUUCACAUGUUUGCUCCUCGACACGUCAACUUGUCUAGCCUUGUAAGCUGCUUAUGUGAGAUCUUGUUGGAUAAUUCUGUGUUGGUGAAUCUCUGUAGCUCGUACUUACUACUGAGACGUGCAGUGGUAGGCUGUUUGCGUCAACUUGUGCAAAGAGAAGCUGCUGAGGUAUCAGAAUAUGCUGUUGCUUUAGUUAAAGAGAGCCGAGAAGAUUUUACUCCAGAUGUUAACAUCAGAGAAAUAGGCCUGGAGGGGGCAUUGCUGAGUUUGCUGGACAAAGAAUUGGAUCAAAGAUUGUGCCAAGAUAUCAAAGAGACUCUGAGUCAUAUGCUUACUUCAAUGGCAGUUGAAAAGCUCUCUUUUUGGCUGAAGCUGUGUAAAGAUGUUCUUGCUGCAUCAGCUGAUUUCAAUACAGUAGCUUCAUUAGACACUACACAAGAAGAGGAGACUGCUAAAGCAGACGAUGCAUCUGUAUUAACCUCUGCAAGUGAUGAGAGGUCCCACCCUUUCAGUAACCCACGUUGGUCUACAAGAGUUUUUGCUGCAGAGUGUGUUUGUAAAAUUAUCAGCCAAUGUGAAAAUGCAGACAGUGCACAUUUUGACAUAACUUUGGCUCAUGAAAGAAAACAACGUGAUUCAAGAGAUGACUUUUUGGUAUUGCAUUUAGCUGACUUGAUACGUAUGGCUUUUAUGGCUGCCACAGAUCACAGUGAUCAGCUCCGUCUUUCUGGACUUCAAACAUUGCUAAUUGUUGUUCGGAAGUUUGCAGCUGUUCCUGAACCUGAGUUUCCAGGCCAUGUAAUUCUGGAGCAGUAUCAAGCUAAUGUUGGAGCAGCACUUAGGCCUGCCUUUGCUUCAGAAACACCUCCUGAUGUCACAGCAAAAGCAUGUCAGGUUUGCAGUGCCUGGAUAGCAAGUGGUGUAGUAAGUGACCUUAAUGACCUUCGAAGGGUUCACCAGUUGCUAGUAUCCUCUUUGGUCAAAGCACAGGCUGGGAAAGAAGCACAAAGUCAACAAUAUAAUGAAAGCACUUCAACUAUGGAGAUACUGGCUGUGCUUAAGGCAUGGGCAGAGGUUUACAUAGUUGCAGUUGAAAAGCAAAAGAAUCGAAGUGAUGCACAUAGUCACUCGCUGAAAAUUGCAAAUCCUACAGAAGAAAGUUAUAGAGAUACAGCGUCUUCGGCCAGCGGACUCCUAGAGUUAGUUCAGGCAGAUCUUGGAACUCUGAGCAAACUCUGGCUUGCUGCACUUCAGGAUUUUGCUCUCUUAACUUUGCCUUCGGAAUAUGCAUCUCAAUUACCUGCUGAAGGUGGUACAUUUUAUACAGCAGAGACAAUCGAAAAUGCCAGACCUCAUUACUAUAACUCCUGGGCACUAAUACUUUAUGCUACAGCAUUAUGGCUUACUAGCACAGGUUUCAUCGUUGUUGAUCCAGAUGAAGGAGUUGCUAAUCUCUCUAGGCCUGUCACUCCAACUACAAUGUGUCAAGAUUCUUCUUCCAGACCCCUGGUGAAAUCUCCUGAGGAUGUGAAUACAGACAGAUUUCAUCUUAUCUUGGGAAUUAGCGUGGAAUUUCUUUGCUCUCCUCGAUCAGAUGCAGCAAUGGAGAACAUUACCUCCUGCUUACGUGCUCUACAAGCACUCUUUGAUGUUCCGUGGCCGAGGUCUAAAAUAGGUGGUGAUCAGGAGCUGAGUAUAGAGCUGUUGAAUGUUUUGCAUCGACUGAUACUGACCAGAGAAUCACCUGAUAUUCAGCUUGCUGCCCUUGAAGUGGUUCGGCUGAUUCUUUUUGCAGCUCAGGAACAUGUGAAAGAAAAACGCAGAAGUGCAGAAGUUGAUGAUGGUGCUGCAGAAAAGGAAACGUUACCAGAAUUUGGAGAAGGCAAAGAUACAGGAGGACUGGUGCCUGGGAAAUCAUUAGUCUUUGCAACACUGGAGUUGUGUGUCUGUAUUCUUGUCAGACAGCUUCCCCAGCUCAACCCUAAAUUAACUUGUAGUCCUGCAGUUCAAUCUGGAAAACAUCUGCUGUUGUCAGAGGACGGAAGUAGACUGGUAUCAGCAGCAUUAGUUAUUCUCUCUGAUGUUCCUGCGAUCUGUUCUCCUGAAGGAAGCGUUUCAGUUCUUCCUACUAUCUUGUACCUAAUUAUUGGAGUACUCAAAGAAACUGCUGUGAAGUUGCAAGAUGGCCAGUUACCUUUGACAGUUGCUGCAUCUCUACAAGCUCUUAGAGGGCUCUUGUCUUCUCCAAUGGCUCGAGCAGAGAAGAGUCGGACUGCUUGGACUGAUCUGCUGCGUAGUGCUUUGGUCACAGUGCUUGACUGUUGGGAUCAAGCAGAUGGGCUCCUCCAAGAACUUGAUGAAAUUAGUCUGCUUACUGCCAUUACAAUAUUUGUUGUGUCUACCAGUCCAGAAGUUACAACCAUGGAGUGCCUUCAAAAGCGUUGUAUUGAGAAGUUUAAAUUAACACUUGACUCAAAAGAUCCUUUUGUACAGCAUAAAUGCUACCAGCUGCUGCACUCCAUCUUUCAGCAUCCAAACAAAACUGUGUCAUAUCCUUAUAUUCAUUCUUUAGCAUCAUCCAUUGUGGGAAAAUUGCGGGAAACAGAAAAAGCAAAACCUGAGAAUGCUGCCGAACUUCAAGUCAUUCAGGAGGGAAUAAAGGUGGUAAUAACUCUUAUAGCUACAGCUGAGGAAGAGCACCGUGCUCAUUUGGUGGCCUGCCUUCUUCCCAUCCUUAUUUCCUUUCUUUUGGAUGAAAAUGCCCUGGUUUCUGCUACAAACUCAGCAAAAUACCUACAUGAGUUUGCUUUGCAAAAUCUGAUGCAGAUUGGUCCACAGUACUCAUCAGUUUUUAAAAAACUAAUAGCUUCCUCUCCAACUAUGAAAGCCAGGCUUGAAUCAGCUGUAAAAGGCAAUCAAGAAAGCAUCAAAGUGAAAACUGCUAAACAUGCAAAGAAUCCUGCGAAAAGUGCAAGCAUUCAGCUGAAGACCAACUUUCUUUAAAGUCUCUUACUGUAAUUUUAUGCACUUUGGUAUUGACAGCAAAAAAUGUCCCUUUUGAUUUCUAAUUAGAGUAGGAAGAGUUGAUCUCAUACAUAAUUAAGUUUGCAUUGAAUCACCAUAGGAACUUUUUAAGAGAAAGCAAAUCUCUAGAUAACUUUGUUAGUGUCAUAGACUUCUUAAACAUUUUUGAUCACUAUGAAUAAAAUCUAUCACAGGUCAUCUAAUCUGUAUUUUUGGAUUAUUUUGUAUUAAAUUACCAGAAAUGCACGUGUAUAUUAAAAAACUAUAAUAAUCAUAGAUAAAUUUAGGAGCAGCCUACAUUUGGUGAUUAAGUAAAUUUAUUUUUGCUUUAAAUCAGAGUAUAUCAAAAGUAAGUUACUCUGGGUUUUAGAUUUAACUGGGAUUAUAAAUUUACUUGCAGGCUGUAAUCUAUCCUAAUUAAUAAUUUAACAUUCUGCAUCAUUAAGUAAAUAGAUUAAAUAUCCUUGUAAAGCCUUACUAUAAAUUAUUGUUGAUCUCAAAAUUCAACUCAAUAAAGGUAAUAUUGAUAGCUUUAAUUUCAAUAAAUUCUGAGCUGGCCAAGAUUUAACAAAUGCUGUUAAAUACAACUUUGUAAUGCAUCUUCUGUGAGGCCCCAGUAGUGCUUUAUACAGUGGGACUAUUAUGCAUAUGUAAGUAUUUGCAGGCUCGGUGCCUUGCUGCUUGACCUACUCUCACUUUUCAGGACAUACACUUGUGUUAACUUUGUAUUAUGUUAGCCAUGCAACUGAAGCUUACAUAUCUUGUCCAAGAUAGGACAGCAAUUUUAAUACACUGUGCCUCUGAUUCAGACGUCUAUUAUAUCUGGAUGUUUGUUUCCUGAUCUUUAGAUGAUCAGUUAUUUAUAUAUAUAUGUAUGUAACUCUCCUUAAUAUACAUAUCUCUACACCAAGAGAUGGAAAUAUUUGAAAUCAGCUUGUCUUGUUAAAUAAAGUACAACAAACUCAUAUUAAGGAGUAUUAAAUUAUCAUUUUUAUCAAGGAACAUUUUAAUAUAAAAAAACAAUUAUUAAAAUUGCAAUGGCUAUGAAGCAUUUUCUACAUACAGUGUAUUGACUUCUUAAUACCAGUAUUACCUAAACCAAACACUAUCAAACUGAGGAUAGUAUUUCCUUGCUGAAAGUAAUUAGUUGGGAAAAAAGCAUUUGCAGAACUGAGAAACUGAGAACACUGUGACUCAGGAAGUGUGAUGUACUGUAUUUUAUUAUAAGUUUUGUAUAUAAAUAUAAUUGUAAAUUGUACAGAAUUAACCAUCUGACCAAAGUUCUAACAAUCCAUUUUUCUAAUUUGCAUAAAU